GCAGCGUCUUUUUGAACCCCCGGGGAGCACAGGGAGCGCAGCAGCAGGUGCGGUAGAGGAGGAGGAGAUGAGUUUGUGUGUGCGGUGGGCGGGCAAGGAGCUGACGGUGGGCGCCAGCGGUGACGACACGGUGGGCGAGCUGAAGCGGCGCAUCUGCGAGGCGACGGGCGUGCUGCCCACCCGGCAGAAGCUGCUCAACCUCAAGCUCGCCGGCCGCCCCGCCCCCGACUCCACUCUGCUGUCCCAGCUCGCCAUCAAACCCUCCCUCAAGAUCAUGAUGAUGGGCACGGUGGAGAGUGAGAUCGUGGUGGGCCCGUCACCACAGGAAGCCCCCGACGUGGACGUGCUGGACGACCUGCAGCUGCCGGAGGACGAGGCCGUGGCCAUCAAGGACCGCCCGGAGAACCUCGCCAAGCUCAGACGCCGCUCUCAGCACUUCAAGGUGCGCCGCUCUCAGCACUUCAAGGUGCGCCGCUCUCAGCACUUCAAGGUGCGCCGCUCUCAGCACUUCAAGGUGCGCCGCUCUCAGCACUUCAAGGUGCGCCGCUCUCAGCACUUCAAGGUGCGCCGCUCUCAGCACUUCAAGGUGCGCCGCUCUCAGCACUUCAAGGUGCGCCGCUCUCAGCACUUCAAGGUGCGCCGCUCUCAGCACUUCAAGGUGCGCCGCUCUCAGCACUUCAAGCUGAAGGUGCUGAACCCACCGAGGGCGGGCAAGCGGCUGCUGGUGCUGGACAUCGACUACACGCUCUUCGACCACGUCUCCCCCGCUGAGAAUGCUGCCCAGCUCAUGCGCCCCUACCUGCACGAGUUCCUGGCAGCCAGCUACUCCGCUUAUGACAUCAUCAUUUGGUCCGCCACCAGCAUGAGGUGGGUGGAGGUGAAGAUGCGUGAGCUGGGCGUGUUGGGGCACAGCGACUACCGCGUGCUGGCGCUCGUGGACCACAUGGCCAUGAUCACCGUGCACUCGCCCCACCGUGGCGUCUUCGACUGCAAGCCCCUCCAAAUCCUCUGGGACAAGUUUCCCGAGCACUACAGCGAGGCCAACACGAUCAUGUUUGACGAUCUGCGCCGCAACUUCGUCAUGAAUCCGCGCAACGGGCUCACCAUCCGCCCCUUCCGCCGCGCCCACGCCAACCGCCACUCCGACCGCGAGCUCGCACACCUCACUGAGUAUUUGCUCGCCAUCGCUGACCUGGACGACUGGAGCCAGCUGGAUCACAACCAAUGGGAGCGCUUCAUGCGGCGCCUGAAGAAGUAG